AUGCAUCGGUGUCUUUGCAUCGCAGCCUUUGUGGCCGUCACCGUCGCUGUCAAUUUCCUUGUGGACCUCCCGACGGCAUUGAUCUCCUGUCACAGUCUCCGCCGUCUCCGACUUUCGCCACUUUCAUUGGGCUCCCUCCUUCUCUGCGCUACCCACUUCGGCUUGUCUACCGCGGCAUCAUGGAAUCCUGACCUCUUCGUCAAACCCACCGGUGUUGGGUCUGCCGUUGGGGGUGCGCCCUUUACCAUCCUCGGUCCGGCUGGCUCGUCGGUGCGGAUGCUGCGGCUAUACCGCAACAAUGGCAACAUCGGGUACCUCCGUGGGGCCGUCGUCGUCUUUUCCGACGGGGCCGAGAUGCGCGCCGGUGCCCACAAGGACCAAUUCUCGUUCUCGGAGUUCGCUUUGUCCAGCAACGAUCUCAUCACAGGGAUGACUCUGUGGGCCUUUCUUCCCUCGUGGUCGUGGAGCGGUUUCUUUUCCCUGGGGAGGAAAGCUCCCGCCGCGCGGGUUGGCCGAAUCGACGUUACAACCAGCCAGCGCUCGUGGGGUUUUGGUAUCGACAACACGGCCAAGCUUUCUAGCAAGGCUGUGGACGUGGGCUCUGGCGUGCUGGUCGGGCUUCAGGGGAGAGCAGGUGAUGGGUUGGACCAGAUCGCCCCCAUAUUUCUCAAGACACUGUCGAGUUCGGUCGUCGACAAUGUCGUUUUCGAGACACCUGCCGGCACCGACGGUCUCCAUCUAGUAACUCUCAAAGAGGGCAGCGCGGUGUGGAACGGCACCGAUUACUCCUGGAACUUUGCGGGCACCGAUACCCGCGACGUCUCGACGACCUUCUCGAUCGGAUCUAGCACCGACUUUUCGCUCCAGACGACGUUUAUGACAUCGCUCCCCAGCGUUCUCGACUUGGGUUUUAGCGCCACCUGGGGUUAUGGAACUACCGAAAGCCAUGAGAAAAGUUUUGGUCGGUCGACGGAACUGUCAUGGAGCACCACCAUUUCUCUGAGUGCCGAUAUCCCGGCCGUAUAUUGCGUUGCCAUGGUCUGGGAGGGCCGAGUCCACGUCCGCUGGUCUGGCCUCCAGACAGUCAGGGCGGACAGUGCCGCGGUUUCCUUUCCUACCUCCGGUUUCCUUACCCACGUAACGCACGGCAAAGUUGAGACUCUUAGCAGCAUCGGCAGGAAGGGUGUAUCCGGUAUUGCUUUUUAG